AAAAAAAGAAACAACAAAGGAGUGUCCUGGAGCUGUGUAAUUAGAACACACACCCAUACACACGAGGUAGUGCAUGUCUCUCACGGUGAAUAAAGAAGAAUUUAGCCAUGAGAAGAAAAGACGCAGCUUGGCCGACGCUUCUCGACCACUGUGACCCUCCAUUCCACAGCCUGAGCCUCACAACGACUCUAUUAUCCGCGCAGAGAAGCUGCUGCCGCCGCCGCUGCUGCUGCUGCACAUCCCCGCUUCACUGCAGCUAACACACCUCCGCAGGACAAAGGACCGAGGAGAGUGGGACGAACUUGGAUGUCAGUCAGCAGCUCCCGAUGUGCCAGUGAAGAUCCAAAAUCUCACCAACAAAUAUAAAUCAACAUGACCAAGAAACUAUGUGGAACCAAUUACCCGAUCAGCAUCUGCUUCAUAGUUGUGAAUGAGUUCUGCGAACGCUUCUCCUACUAUGGAAUGAAAGCAUUGCUCACAAUCUACUUCCUCACAUACCUGCACUGGGACACGGACCUCUCCACUGCUGUGUACCAUGCCUUCAGUGGCCUCUGCUACUUUACACCCAUACUGGGAGCUCUCAUCGCUGAUUCCUGGCUUGGAAAAUAUAAGACCAUCAUCUACCUGUCCACCGUCUAUGUGAUUGGCCAUGUGGUCAAGUCGGUCGGUGCCAUUCCCACUGUGGGGAACAGCAAUGUGCACAUCGCUUUGUCCAUGGUAGGUCUGAUACUCAUAGCCUUCGGCACCGGAGGAAUCAAACCAUGUGUGGCUGCAUUUGGAGGAGACCAGUUUGAUGAGGCGCAUAUCAGAGAGAGGCAGAAAUUCUUCUCUAUUUUCUACAUGUCAAUCAAUGCUGGGAGCCUCUUGUCGACUGUGAUAACACCCAUCCUGAGAGGUGAUGUGCAGUGUUUCGGUGGUGACUGCUACGCUCUGGCCUUCGGGGUUCCCGCAGCUCUGAUGGUUGUGGCUUUAGUUGUAUUCAUUGCUGGAACGAGCCUGUACAAGAUGAAUCCUCCCCAGGGAAACAUCCUGCUGGAAGUGUGCAAUUGCAUUGGGUUCGCCAUCAAAAACCACUUGCAGAGAUGGAAGUAUGAGCCUCAGAGGAGGCAUUGGCUGGACUGGGCUGAGGAGAAGUACUCUAAGCGACUGAUCCAGGAGAUUAAGAUGGUAAUGCGGGUUUUGGUGCUCUACAUCCCGUUGCCAAUGUUCUGGGCUCUGUUUGAUCAGCAGGGUUCCCGCUGGACAAUUCAAGCUGCGAGGAUGAACAUGGCCUUUGGAAAUUCCUUCAAUAUUAAGCCUGACCAAAUGCAGAUGUUGAAUGCUCUGCUGAUUCUUGUCUUUGUGCCCAUCUUUGACCUCAUCAUAUAUCCACUUAUUGGCUUUUGCAGAAUCAACGUCACGCCUUUAAGGAAAAUGGCCACAGGGAUGAUUUUUGCAGCGCUGGCCUUUGGAGCAGCCACACUGGUGGAGGUGAACGUAGUGAAAACAGUGGUGGAGCCUGCACCUCCAGAGAACUGUCUCCUGCAGGUCUUUAACCUGGCAGGAAGUAAUGCCAGUCUGACGUUCCCUGGCAGCAAUCCAUUUCCAGAGCCGAUCCAGUAUCUUCAAGACCCUCCUGAAUAUACGACAAUUCCCCUGGAGGGACCCGGCAAUAUACUGAAGACUCAAGUCACCUCAGAUGGACAAACUUCAGAGUGUCACCUCCGGCUUAUUCAGCAGAAGGCCUACAGUCUCAUCUUAAACUCUGAAAAUACAGGCAUCCAGUGCCAACUUGUGGAGGACUACAUCAAGAAAAAUGAUACUGGAAAUCCUUUUCUGAGGUUCUUCAACACACUGCCAGAGGAAAUAAUCCUAACUGUUGACGAUGUGAAUUUCCAUGUGCCCUCUGGUCACAUGUCUCUUAACAAGACUGUGGGUCGAAACGAAUAUCCAGAAGUCAACUGCAGCUUGCCGUCACAGAAAUGCCCUAAUCUGGACCUGGGCCUGCUGGACUUUGGUGCUUCAUACACUGUCAUAAUCAUAGAGGAAUCAGGUAACAUUGUGGUUAAGAAGAUGGAGGAUGUAAAAGCCAACAAUGUGCACAUUGCCUGGCAGAUCCCCCAGUAUGCGCUCAUAACUGCCGGAGAGGUCCUGUUCUCCGUCACAGGCUUGGAGUUUUCCUACUCACAGGCUCCAUCCAACAUGAAGUCAGUCUUACAAGCUGGCUGGUUGCUCACUGUUGCAUUUGGGAACGUCAUAGUGCUGAUUGUAGCUGAGGGUGCAGGACUGGAACAGUGGAUAGAGUUCUUGCUGUUUGCCUGCCUGCUGUUGGGUGUCUGCAUCAUCUUCUCCAUCAUGGCUCACUUCUACACCUAUGUUGACCCGGAACAGCUGGACAAGAUUUACUUGGAGGAUUCAGGGAAGCAGGAAGGCGACCAUGAUGACAUGAAGAAAAAGACAAAUGACAUGCCUCUGUACAGAACAGGGAAGAUGACCAGACUGUAAAUGUGUGUGAGGUGUUUUAACAAGGCACCCUAUUUUAUUUCAGUUCCUCUAUAAUGUUUUCAUUUUAAGUUUUGUGACGUGAUCAUUGUGAUCAAUGAUCACCUCUUUUAUGUGGUUAGAUGUCUAGGAUUUGUGAAUCAUGUCAAUAUAUUCAUGUGAAACCUCUUUAACAGUCCAGUCUCUUCAAAAUUUUAACCAGUGAGCAGGAGAAUAUCUUCUGAAAGAUACACAGAUAUAUGAAAUGGUGUUUAAAAUAGACUAAAUAUGUGAUAAAUAGUUAUGAUACAUGAAUGUCAAAUACAUGCUGUAUAUAUUUGUUGCUUAUUACCUCCAUGUCAGAAUGUUAUAUUUUCUAUGACGCUAAAUAAUGAUCCUAAAUGACACCGCUUUUGAAAUAUGGAGAAAUGGUUCAGUUUACAUUGUAUUCCUAUAACACAUGAUACUAAAAAAGGCUAAAGCUACUGGUGGUUUUGCAUGUUUGCAUGUGGUAACAUUUCCAUUAACCAUUUUUUUAAAACAUACAAAGUUUUUUGAAUAGUGUCCUGUCAUCAAGGAAAGUACUCUUUAUAGUGAACCAGUCUCUAAAAUUAUUUAUAUGUACUGUAUAUAUGUUUAUUAUAAGUUUAAUGCAUCACAAAACAUAGUAUCUACCAUCAGUCCCUACAAUGCAAUUCAUGACAGUGGAAAACAAAGUGUCAUCAAAUUUAGCAAAUAAAUUAUUAGUGGAAAGA